ACAAAAAACACGACAUGGGUGGCCAAAAACAAAAUGGUUCAAUCAUUUUCUCAUCUCCCAAACACGUUUGGGGGGAGAAAACAAGGCGCACGACAAGUGAGAUAGAAUAUUAGGGUAACAAAACCAAUAAUUCAAGUUCCAAAUUAAAAUUCAAACUUUUGGAAUUGGAAUCUCACAACUGUCACCACUCUUUAUCCAUCACGAUUAUAUACUCCUAGAUCUGAUCGAGGUUUCUGCUUUUUCCAGUUCAAAAAGUUUCAUUUUUGAAACCCUUUUCAUAAUCUUCGGGUUUGAAGGAGCUUGUUCAAGUUGAGAUCUUUAGGUGUAAUGCAGCUUUGACUUGCUGCUUUUGUUUUUCCGGGUUGGGUUGUUUUUUUGUUUAAAGUUGAGCUGUUUGUGUCCACUGGUUUAAAUUUGUAUAAUGGUUUUCUGGGAAGGGUAUGUGAGUGAUGAAGUGAUGGGAACGUUUGCUCCUAUUGUGGUUUAUUGGAUAUAUGCUGGAUUUUAUCACUUGCUUCCGCCGUUAGAUAAGUAUCGGUUGCAUACUACGAGAGAUGAGGGAGAGAAGAAUUUGGUGCCUUUUAAAGCUGUUGUGAAAGGUGUUUUGCUUCAGCAGCUUGUUCAGGCGAUUGUUGCACUCAUCUUGUUGACGACAACAUCAAAUGCAUCAGGGAUUACGGUGCAGCCUUCUAUCACCAAGCAAAUUAUUCAGAUUGUUAUUGCCAUGUUUGUGAUGGAUACAUGGCAGUACUUUGUGCACCGGUACAUGCAUCAGAACAAGUUUCUGUACCGCCAUAUUCACUCCCAGCAUCAUAGACUGGUUGUUCCAUACGCAAUAGGAGCCCUUUACAAUCACCCUAUCGAGGGUCUUCUACUCGACACCGUUGGCGGAGCCAUCUCAUUUCUUGUCUCAGGCAUGACUGCGAGAACGGCCGUUAUAUUCUUCUGCUUUGCAGUUGUGAAAACCGUCGACGACCACUGUGGACUAUGGUUGCCCGGGAAUAUCUUCCAUUUAUUUUUCCAGAAUAACACGGCGUAUCAUGACAUUCAUCAUCAACUACAAGGACUGAAAUACAAUUAUUCACAACCGUUCUUUCCCAUAUGGGAUAAACUUCUUGGGACAUACAUGCCUUUCAAUCUUGUAAAGCGAGCCGAAGGGGGUUUUGAAGCAAGGCCAGCAAAGGACUAGUUACACCGAAUGUUACAGUGUGAUUUGCGAUUUUUCCAUGGAACCGGAGGCAUAGCUGCAAACAUUUCUCGAGUUGCUUAGAGCUUACUGGUUUUUGUAUGGUGGCUUGACAAUGUUUUCAAAUGAUCAUCUUAUUACAGUAGGUUUGUCAAACCACCUUGUGUAGCAUAACAAUGAUGUGGUGGUUAAUGAGAUUUUCAUUUUUAUGAUGUACUUACAAAAACAUUUUUUAAGGUGUAAGUUCCUAAAGAGUAUAAGAUGUUUUAGCUACCAUAUUUGUUACUUAUACUUUGUAUUAUUCCGAGCUUGAUUUUAAUUUUAAGCGUGUGGUUGAUAAAUUUAAAGCUUCAUUGGAGGAUGUCUUUGAACUAGGCACUACCAAAUAUGAUUGUAGAUUUUAAACCAAAUUUUAGUUUUCAGUUUAUUAGGACAAUGUCUAUCUUUGCACCACAAUGUACUAUUGAUCUUAUUAUUGAUAAUGAAAUUAGCUGUUUACCCUU